AUGAAGGAGUACAUCGUUUUACCCGUUCUACUGGCUGUGGCUCGGGCUGGAUACGUUGCGCCAGUGACUGGCUACAUUGAGACGGAGUCUUCUACAAGCCAUCAUUCCCAAGAUGUGGCCGGCAACUACAACUUCGGCUACAAGGAACGUCACCCCGGCGGUGCCACUUUCCGCCAGGAGACCGGCAACCCUUGGGGUCACAAGGUCGGCUCGUACGGAAUCGCCGACGCCGACGGACGGGUCCGCCUCGUCAAGUACGUCGCCGACACCAACGGAUUUCGCGUCUACAUUUCGACCAACGAACCGGGAACGGCAGCUUCCAGUCCUGCCGGAGCCGGCAUCAACGCUCCCGUGGCACUGCCCACGGCACCCGCUGUGGAGCCAUUGCUUCUCGAGCCCUCGACAGCCGUGGGAGUCGUCGCUAAAGCCAUUCCUGCGGUGACCGCGGCCCACGUCUACGGACCGCCCAUAGUAGGACCCGUACUCAAGCCAGCCGCGCCCGUAGCUGCGGCGCUGGGUGGUCUCAGGCCAGCCUACGCGAAGAAGUCGUACGUAGCGGCUGCGGUGCAGCCUGGUCUCGAAGUUGAGUACGAUGCCCGGGACGACAGGCACUGGUAAAGCACAUUAUUUUGUCAUAAGUCAGAGU